GGCGCUGUUGGGCGUUGCGCGGCGGCUGGCCAGAGCCGGUUGCCAGGGCGACGCCUGCAAAGAUGGCUACUGCGUCUUCAUCGGAUUCCGACAGCGGCAGAGCUGAGAGCAAUGAGGCCAAUUCGAAAUGGCUGGAUGCACACUACGACCCCAUGGCCAAUAUCCACACCUUUUCCUCCUGCCUGGCACUGGCGGAUUUACAUGGAGACGGGGAGUACAAGCUGGUGGUGGGAGACCUUGGCCAGGGUGGGCAGCAGCCCCACCUGAAGGUGCUCAAAGGACCCAUGGUGCUGACUGAAAGCCCACUACCUGCACUGCCGGCUGCUGCCGCCACCUUCCUUAUGGAUCAACACGAACCCCGGGCCCCAGCUCUGGCACUCGCCUCAGGCCCUUGUGUGUAUGUUUAUAAGAAUCUUAGGCCCUACUUCAAGUUCAGCCUGCCCCAGUUGCCUCCAAACCCCGUGGAACAAGAUCUUUGGAACCAGGCCAAGGAGGACCGGAUCGACCCCUUGACCCUGAAGGAGAUGCUAGAGGGCAUCCGGGAGAAGGCGGAGGUGCCUUUGUCUGUACAGUCGCUCAGGUUUCUGCAGCUGGAGCUGAGUGAAAUGGAGGCGUUUGUGAACCAGCACAAGUCCAAGGCCAUCAAACGUCAGACAGUCAUCACCACCAUGACCACCUUAAAGAAGAACCUGGCUGAUGAGGAUGCUGUGUCCUGCCUGGUCCUGGGCACUGAGAAUAAGGAGCUCCUGGUGCUGGACCCGGAGGCCUUCACCAUUUUGGCCAAGAUGAGCCUGCCCAGCGUCCCCGUCUUCCUGGAGGUCUCUGGCCAGUUCGAUGUAGAGUUCCGGCUCGCUGCUGCCUGCCGCAAUGGGAACAUCUAUAUCCUGAGAAGAGACUCCAAGCGCCCCAAGUACUGCAUCGAGCUGAGUGCCCAGGCUGUGGGGCUUGUCCGGGUACACAAGAUCCUGGUGGUGGGCAGCACCCAAGACAGCCUGCACGGCUUCACCUACAAGGGUAAGAGGCUGUGGACAGUGCAGAUGCCUGCAGCCAUCCUGACCAUGAACCUGCUAGAGCAGAGCUCCCGGGGCCUGCAGGCCGUCGUGGCCGGGCUGGCCAACGGAGAGGUCCGCAUUUACCGUGAUAAGGCCCUGCUCAACGUCAUCCGCACCCCGGAUGCCGUGACCAGCCUUUGCUUUGGCCGCUACGGACGGGAAGAUAACACCCUCAUCAUGACGACACGAGGCGGUGGCCUGAUUAUCAAGAUCCUGAAGCGUACGGCAGUGUUUGUGGAGGGGGGAGGCGAGGUGGGCCCUCCACUAGCUCAGGCCACAAAACUCAACGUGCCCCGAAAGACCCGGCUUUAUGUGGAUCAGACACUGCGAGAGCGGGAGGCCGGCACCGCCAUGCACCGGACCUUCCAGACCGACCUCUACCUGCUGCGCCUCCGGGCCGCCCGGGCCUACGUGCAGGCCCUCGAGUCCAGCCUGAGCCCCGUGUCCGUGACAGCCCGGGAGCCACUCAAGCUACACGCAGUGGUUCAGGGCCUGGGCCCCACCUUCAAGCUCACACUGCACCUGCAGAACACCUCGACAGCCCGACCCAUCCUGGGGCUGCUGAUCUGCUUCCUGUACAACGAGGCGCUCUACACCCUGCCCCGGGCCUUCUUCAAGGUCCCCUUGCUGGUGCCAGGGCUCAACUACCCCCUGGAGACCUUUGUGGAGAGUCUCAGUGACAAGGGCAUCUCCGACCUCAUCAAGGUGCUGGUGCUUCGAGAAGGCCAGAGUGCGCCCCUGCUGAGUGCCCACAUCAACAUGCCUGUGAGUGAGGGGCUGGCAGCUGCCUGAGCCCCGGGCUGGUGUUACAGCCCCCGUGGAAUCAGGACUGGGAAGACCCAGCCGCUUCCACUGAGCAGGGCAGAGCCAGCGGUCCCAGGCUCACUCCCUGCACAGCAGCAUGCUGGGCGACUGCUCUCCUCUCCUGAGCUCCCCCUUUCUCGCCAUCCUGACCGCUGCGUGACCUCUAGCAGCAGGGCAGUGAGUGCCCAGGAGGUCCAGCUCCUUCCACCUCAGGAAAGCCCAGGCAUUGGCCCAUUCGGCUCUUGCAUCCACCCCACUUUUCUCCAGAAACCACACGCAGGUCUGAAGGAAGAACUCUGAAGCGGCCCUGAGAGAUGAGGGGCGCAGGCCCGUCUCUCGCCUUAGGCGCACCACUCAUGCUGCUGCCGGCCCAGGCCGGAAUUGGCUAGUGCCUGGCCUGGGACAGUCAUGGGCUUUUCUUGGGUGAGACUGAGCCCCCUGUUGCUCCCUGGGGUUCCAGAAGCUUGGCUGCUGCCAGCUCAGCUUGCAAGCAAAACACAUCCUCUGACUGCCCCUCAUAAGCUGAGCGAGGGACCCUCUUUCUAUUCAGGGGGCCCAGAGAAUGCUGCCUCCCCACAGGUGGCUUUUAUGAAACGUUGGUCUCGGUCAAGGUCUCAGGACUGCGACGCUCCACGAAGAUUGCCAGGGGAGGAGCUGGCGCGGGAGGGCAUAGGGUGGCCAUGCAGGGAGCCUGUGGCCCCAGCUCCAACCAGGCUCCCGAAGGCCACACAGCCGCCACUGCCGACUGGGACGCUGCACCCAGAAAGAGCACCCAGAAAAAGAGGGCUCAGCUAGAUGGAGCAGAGGGAGCACCAGGAUGCACAGCAGGGGCAUUUCUGGGGCCCUGGGGACGGGGCACAGGAGGCAGAAGCCCAGACUGCCACUCAAGAUGCUCUUCUAUGCCCUGGAGCCCAGAUCAGUCAUGUGAGUGGAGAAUUCACCUGGCAGCGGCCGGUGUGAGAGAACUGCCUGGAAAGGCAGGGACCAGAGGUGUGAGUGAGGCCGAAGACCAAACGAAGGCACUUGUUCAGACCACGGUCCCAGCUCUCGGAGCCUCGGAGCCCUGGCCAGUCUGCCUGGCCCACCUCGCAGAGCUCUGUUGGGCUGGUGCUACCAGGACUGCUCUGAGCCACUUGUGAGCCAGCGACCCUGCUCAGUUUCCCACAUGUAAAAUGAGGCAUUUGACCAGAUUCAGCUCUAACAUCCUGUGAGCUUGGCAGCCUCUCUAGAGGAAAAGGGGAGUCAAUUCUAGAACGGGAGUACAUGACAGGAAGAGCUACAGAUCUUUUGCCCUUGAGUCCAAGGGCCCCAAGCUGACGGCCACUGCCAGGCAAUAACAGCCUCCGUGCCCAAAACACAGCGAGGUACUGGGAGGACACAGCCACAGCCACUCCCCAUCCCCCACCCCCAGGAAUGCAUUCUGGGGCCAGGUUAAGAGAAGCGAGGGGUCUGAACCAAAGAGAGAGCCCAUCCCCCUCUCUGUAUGGCUCCGUCACUUGCAGCCAUAGACCAGUUGGGUCAAGAUGGUGAAGUGUUUCUAGAUCAAGCCAACUGAGGCACAGCGGGAACAAACAGGAGGUUUAACCUGGAAAUGGAAAGACAGGUAGAGGGAGUUGUCACAGUCAGAGAAUUCAACUUGCCCUGAAGAGCUUUCUAAGAGAGCGUAUCAGAGAUGGAAGGGCCAGCCCUAGAAGGUUGUGAGCCCCUGUCACUGGAGCUGUGUCACUGGGGCUGGGCUGUCUCUUCAUAGGGUUGUUGAGUCAGAUGACCUUACAGUCUCUUUCACCCCAGUCAAGUGAUGAUCUGUGUGAACUUGGAACAAAAAAGUCUGCUCUGGGUUCUAUUCGUAGCUAUUCAUGAUGAUGAAAACAGAGAAACCGUUCCUAUGCCCACCCAGCACCUAAUGUGAAUUUGUACGCUGUAACGCCACGUACGCCAUGCACGGCGGCGGUGUGGGCAGGUGUACACACGGCAACGUGAAGGAAGAAGCAGUGCGUGGCACCCUCGCCAGUUAGAGCUCCAGGGGUUAGAGUUGGGUACGAUAAGGAUGAGGAGAGUUGGUGUCUUUUUAAAAAUUAUUGAUCUAAAAACACAGAUGUACUUAGUACUAUGAAAUUAAAGUUUAUAAGAAGAAAAGAGCCUCUCGCCAUCCCCCAGGACUGCCACCGCCCCCACAAAUCAUUCUCAGUUCUCUUAGCUGCUUCAUUUUAAACAUGCUCAUGUACUCUCGCUUGUUUAUCAGUCUCAGACUCUAUCUGUCGGCUCCGUGUCUGUCCUAAGAGAUGAGGCUUUAGCUCUCUCGUGACAGCACCCUGCCCCUCCUUUUCUCUCUGCUUUUUAGGUAAAUUGAUACUCACCGUCUUUUCCAUUUGCUUAGUUCUCUAUACAACCGACUGCCGAUCUUCCCCCACCCAGCUUGACAGUUCCCCUUUUCCGGACAAGGGCCUUCAUCCCUGCUUCCCUGAGGACUGUGCGCCCUCUAGAGCUGCUGCCCAGCACUGCUGGGACUCCCUUGGCCACGUCCUGGGCUGGGUCAUCAUUCCCGCGCCCCACGUCCUCCUCUACUGUGGUCCUUGCACCCCUCAUUUGGUGAAGCGUGUCUACAAGUACCUUCUGUAAAAAGUCACUAGAGUUAACGUGUUUAAGACACUUUCUCUGAAGUUUUCUUCAUUCGGUUCACACAUGUAUGCGAUAGUUGGGGUCAUAACAUUUCAAGUUAAAAAUCAUUUUCGUGCGAGAAAACCGUUUUUAAAGUGGGACUUUCUUGUAUCAUAAUUUGGGGCACUGCUUUUAAGAAGUUCCACAGCCAUUUUUUUCCUGACCUCAUCUUUCUGAGGUCCUAAAAUGUCAGGAGAUGCCUUACUGUGUGUCAUUACUGGAUGUGCUGUGAGUGGAGCUGGACAUCCUUCGGUUCCAGAAAAUUUUGUUUCUUGAAUUAGUUUCUUGAAUGAUUUCCUCCCAUUUUCUCUGUUCUCUCUGGAGUUCUGAGUAAACCCAGUGCCUGAUAAAUGGCAAUUCCAAAGAGAACAGGAGUGAUCCUCUCUUUAUUCUCUCUUCUCUUAUAUUGUCUUUUUGUUCUAUUUUUUGAGAUUUUUUUUUUAAUCUUUCAGCUCUUCCUAGAAGUGUUUUAAAAAUUCUUUUAUUUUAAUUCUCAAGAGUCUUUGUUCUCCGUUCAACCUUUAAUUUUGGCGUCUUUUUAAGAACACAGUUGAGUUAUAACUGACAUUUAUAGACGACUUCAAAAACAGCAGAAUACACACUUUUCUGCAAUUCACAUGGAACAUUUACCAAAAUGGACCACACUCCGAGCCAUAGAAAACACGGUAACUCAAUAAAAGUCAUGUAGUGUCUGUCGUCGGACCAAAAUGGAAUUAAACUGGAAAUCAAUAACAGAUCAUUGAAAAAUCCCCCAAAUACUUAGAGAUCAAACAACAUACUUCUAAACAUAUGGCUCAAAGAAAUUUCAACAGAAAUUUAAAAUAUUUUGAACUAAAUGAAAAUGAAAACAUAACUUACUGAAAUUUGGGGGAUGCAGUGAAAGUGAUGCUUAGAGAGAAAUUUAUAGCAUUGAAUGCAUGUGUUAGAAGAGAAGAAAGGUCUAAAUCAUCUAAGUUUUCACCUCAGGAAAAUAGAGAAACGAGCAAAUUAAAUCCAAAGUAAGCAGAAGAAAAGAAAUAAAAAGAAAGCAGAAAUCAAUGAAAUUGAAACCAGGAAAUCGAUAAAGAAAAUAAAUGAAACCAAAGGUGGUAUUUUGAAAUCUCAUCAGAACCAGCAAGGGACAUUGCCUAUCCCCAAGCCUAGUGCCGGAGAGAAGGGAGAAAACCUCUCCUAAGAAUUUUUAACCACAGGCCAGCCUGAAUUAAGUUUGCAACCUGAAUUGACAAUCCUUGGGUGGUCCAAUCAAACCCUGCCUACCUAAAAAUUUAGUUUGAAGUGGUGCAGGAUGAGCUUUUCAGUCAAAUGAUAACUGAAGGAUUUACUUUUAACUCAAUCUCAAAAAAUCCCCAUUGAUAAAAUUCCAACAAAUAUAAACACAGUCAAAACUCACAAAUUGCAAGAUAACGCAUUGUGAGCAAGAGCCAACAGAAAGGAUAGCCAGCAUAAUCAGGCCUCAAAGACUUAAAGUGUUGGAAAUACCAAACAGAAUAUCAGGUAUGUGUUUUCUGUAUAUUUAAAGAAAAAAGAAACAAUAUAGAAAUCAAGAGAGUGUAUAAAAUGAUCGAGCAAAUUUGAAAAAAGAACCAAAUAGAACUUCUAGAAAUGAAAAGCAAAAUGCUUGACAUGUCAAUGGAUGAGUUGGGUUUUUUUGUUUUGUUUUGUUUUGUUUUUAAGCCUCAAUAGAUUGGUUUAGCAGCUGAAGAAAGACUUAACUGGAAGAUAGAUCUGUAGAAAUUAUCCAGAAUGCCAGAAAGAGAAAGUAUGAGUUUUAUAAGACUAGAAGGAUGGUGGAGGGAGGUCUAAUCAAUUCCAGUAGGGGCAGAAAAUAUCUGAAGAUAUGACAGAAUUUUCUAGAACUGAUAAAAAGACAUCAAUUCAUAGAAUCAGGAAACCCAAGGAGUCCUGUUAGGAUAACUAUAAAGAAACUAUAUUUGGGCACAUCACAGUAAAACUGCAGAAUACCAAAGACAGAAAAAUCUUAAAGUCGGUGACAAAAAAAUAUCUUCAAAGAAGCAAUAGUAACAACAAAUAGAUGACAACUGACGUAGCAACAAUGGAGCCCUAAAGACUAGUAUUUUCAAUAUGAGAGGAAAUAAAUAUUAACCUAGAAUUCUGUACUCAUCAAAAAGUAACUUUAAAGAGUAAAAAACUAGAAAUGGUGGGACAAAUUGAAAGUACAAAAUAAAGUGGUAGAUGUAUGUGCAAGUAUAUAUUAAUUAUGAUAAAUAUGAAUGACUAAAUGCUUCAGUUAUAAGACAGUGUUAUCUAGACUUGAAAAUCCAUCUAUAGGCUAUUCUUAAGAGAGAGCAAUUGAAAAUAUAAGGAUACAAAUCCUAACAUACCCGGAAUAGAAAAGAACUUUCUCAUCCUAAUAAAGGGCAUCUAUUAAAUACCACA